AUGUCGUUGCUAGGUGUGGUCGCGUUGUUAAUACUGGUUGGAACAUCGGUUUCAGCUGAGCAAUCGCUAUCUCAAAAAGCCGGUUCUAGGAUCGUGUCAGGAUGGGAAGCCCGCGAUGGGCAGUUCCCUUACAUGCUGUACCUCCGUUCCGUGGAUGUCCACGGGCGCAUUUCCGCCUGCGGGGGCUCCAUCAUCCACCACAAGUGGGGCAUGACGUCUGCUAGAUGCAUCGCCAGACGCGUAGUGAUUAUGCUCUGGGCGGGAAUGGUGGACCUGAGCCGGCCCCGCGUCUACAUCGAGACCGCUUCAUACUUCACGGCCCCCGAGUACAUGGAUGACCUGCAUCAACUCACCCAACCGCACGACAUCGGGCUGGUUGGGUUCAAUCGGCAUCUUGAAUACAGUCAAUUCAUUCAGCCCAUCAGAUUGAUGCGUUCCGCUGAUAUGAACAAGGAGUACGCGGGUGUGAAGAUGACGACCAGUGGCUGGGGUACAGACUGGACGAACGGGAACCCUACGCAAAUAUUAAACUUCGUGUACCUGAGGGGAGUGAAUAACUUCGUGUGCGCGCUUUGGUUACAAAGCUCGUUCCACGUGAGGGAGUCCACCAUUUGCGCCGGUCCAUACAACGUUACGAGUCAAGGGAUAUGUUCGGGCGACAGCGGCGUGCCCCUGAUCCUAUUGGAGGAGGAUGGCCAGCUCACCCAGGUCGGAGUCGGCUCGUUCGUCUCAUCGUUCGGGUGCCACGUCGGUCUACCUAAUGCGUUCGUGAGGCCGGGCCAUUAUCACGACUGGAUCCGCGCGGUCACCGGCAUCCAGUUCGACUGGUGAAUGGGAGCGUCCUUGGAAAUGCCGACAUCGCGGUCCAUGGACAGCAGUAGCGGGACUCGAUCGGUGGCUUUUAACGAAAAGCGUCGAAUUAAAUUUAAUUA